ACUUCUGGCGCAUGCGCAAUCUGAUCAAGCAGCGGCAAAAGCGAAAAGACCAAGAUGGCGGACUGGGUGACUGUCGUUUUUCGGAGAAGUUUCACAUUUACGAUCUUUAUACAUCUAUAGAUUUAAAUAUAGCAUCAAAUACGCCAGGAUUUGUCUUUUCCAAAGCCCACGAAACCGAAUUUGAGUUCGGAGCGAUGGAGUGUUACCUGAAGUGAUAGAACGUGGACGACUACUGCUAUGCUAAGAUGGCGACGUGCGGUAAAAGAGAACAUGAAAGAGAAUCACCAACGGAGAAAAAGACGAAAACUGCAGAUGAAGACGUCCAGCAGCUGAUUGGUCAUCCAGAAGAAUUUCCUCCUCAGUCAGGCAGGAGCUCCACUUUGAAGCAGGAGACUCCACAACCACCCCGCAUUGAAAAGGAAGAGGAGGAACUCUGGAUCACUCAGGAGGGAGAGUGUCUUCUAGGACCACAGGAAGCUGAUCUCACCAAGUUGCCACUGACUGUUGUCUCUGUGAAGACUGAUGAUGAUGAAGAGAAACCACAACCAAACACCCUCUUAGCUCCACUAUCAGAUAGUGAGGCUGAAGACGAGGUUGAAGUAACUUUGAGCAGCGAUACAGACUGUGAAGACGUCCAGCAGCUGAUUGAUCAGUCAGAAGAACUUCCUCCUCAGUCACCAGGAGGGAGCUCCACUUUGAAGCAGGCGACUCCACAACCACCCCACAUUAAAAAGGAAGAGGGGGGACUCUGGAUCACUCAGGAGGGAGAGUAUCUUCUAGAACCACAGAAGGCUGAUCUCACCAAGAUGCCACUGACUGUUGUCUCUGUGAAGAUUGAAGAUGAUGAAGAGAAACCACAAGCAGACAACUUCUUAGCUCCACUAUCAGAAGACGAGGUUAAAGUAGCUUUGAGCAGUGAAACAGACUGUGAAGGUGAUAUGAGGACUCUCACUGACAACAAUCACUCUGAAUGCUCUACAAAGAACAAUGAUAAAAAACUGUUGAGAUGCUCAUUUUGCGCUAAAAACUUUAAUAAAAAGUACAAUUUGACUCAACACAUGAGAACACACACGGGAGAAAAACCGUUUGAUUGUUCAGUUUGCGGUAAAAGCUUUGUUUCCAGAUCAGGUUUGACUAAACACAUAAUGAAACACACUGGAAGAAAACCAUUUACCUGUUCAGUAUGUGGUAAAAGCUUUCUUCAUAAGAGCAUUCUGAUUCAACACACGAGUACACACACCAUAGAUAAACCAUUUCAUUGUUCAGUUUGUGGUAAAAGUUUUCCUCAUGAAAGCAAUUUGAUUCAACACAUUAGAACACACACUUCGGGUAAACAAUUUAAUUGUUCAGUUUGCAGUAAAACGUUUCCUCAUAACAGCAAUCUGAUUAAACACAUGAGAACACACACAGGAGAAAAACCAUUUAAUUGUUCAUUGUGCGGUAAAUGCUUUUCUCAGAAAUGCAGUUUGACUCGACACACAAGGACCCACACAGAGGAAAAGCAUUUUUUUUGUUCAGUGUGUGGUAAAACAUUCCAUCGUAAUGCAGACGCAGCAAGACACAUAAGAACACACACGGGAGAAUAACCCACCAGCUGUUUAAUAUGUGGCUCAUGUGUCACCAAAACCAGGACUUAUGCUUCUUACACAAAUAUGUGAAGUCUUUGUACAAAGUUGGAUUAUCUGGUGCAUAGUCUUAUCUCCUCAUGACCCCAUGUCUUCUGUGUAUAUUUAACUUUUCUUGAUAGUAUAAUAAAGUAGUGUACCCCA